CUGCAAGGGGCUGCGAAAACAAACAGAGGGAAGAGGCCACACCCAACCCCGACCAACUCAACAGAGAAGGCCAGAGUUAGCCGAACUCCCACGCCUCGACCGUCGUUGGACCCUCCACCAACGAGAAGACAAACCGGAGAGUGUGGCGAGACUCUACCGCGAAGAGGGGUCGUCAACGCCAAACGUGGAGAGUCGGUUGGUUCGAUCGGUGCCACAAUGCCCCCGAAGGCGCGGCUGGAGGAGGCGACAACGGGAGAACUAGGGAGUCACUCUCUUCUUUCUCUCGUCCAAGUUCUCCCCUCAGCCCGCGAGCACCAACAACCGUUCAUCACCCUUUCUUCGGCGACCAACAGCCCUUCGCAGCACAUCCCAGCCGCGCGCGCGCAAGCCGCGAGUUCGCGCAGCCCAACUGCGGCCCCUUCCGUACGCGAGCCCCGACCAGCAUUUGGGCACCAAGACGAUGAGCCCUCCUCCCCGUUCAUGAGUUUUCUGAUCGGCCGCUCUCCGCCUUCGUCGAGCCUCAACAACGAGCACCCCUGCCUCAGUCGCGAGUCAACCACAGCGAACAGCCUUCUCGACGUUCAACACUCCUUAGUCGCGCGCAACCAGCCCUUCGCUGAAUGCCCAGAUCCGCCGCGCACCAUGCCAUGCCUCCCUCGCGAGCAGUACCGUACGAACCACGACUAUUCUUCGGUCACGUACGCCUCCAGCCACCCGAGCCAACGCCGAAAAACUUCAGCCGCAUUCGACCGCCACUUCGCUCUACCCCGCGCAUCGUCAGACCACGCGCACGCCUCCCCUGCCAGCGACAACUCGCGAAUGGAUCUCCACGCUUGCUCUGCACGACGAACCUCCUCGCACAGCCUGGCCUCUGUCCCCCGUGAGCGAUCCUCCAUGUGA